AAUAAAUAAUAGAGUUCUAAACUUGUCCACGCUGUCAUACAUCUCUCCCCAAAGUCUGCCCAUGGAACCUUCUCAAGUUCCUCACAUGCGUUGUGUCGACGACAUGAAGAAGAAGCUUUGGAUUUAGCUCAGUCUCAAACCGUUUCUGGGUUUUCCGAUUCAGUCCCCGUGCUCAAAUGGGUCGCCGGAAAAAUGACUCAGAUGUUGCCCGUUUCGCGAUUCUGGUCAUAUUCUUGAUGGGGGUAAUCUCCUGUGGCAUGGUCUACUUUUGCAUCUCUGUGCUCUUCGUUACCACCGCUACCGACCCAAUAAUUUCAGUUUCGUAUUCGGGUCAAAACGUUGACCGAGAUUUGGGGAUUCAAAAUGAAGAAGAAGAAGAAGAAGAGGUCUGCUGUAGAGGGAUUGAGCAUUUGGAGCUUUGGGGUGACGCCGCCAAAUGGGGUUCUGAGUUCAAGCUCAGUUCUUCUGAGGAGUGUUGUAAGGCCUGCAAAGCUAUGUGUCGGAAAGAGGGGCCUUGCUUGUGUGAUUCGUGGGUGUUCUGUGGAAAUCCAGAAGCUUGUGGAGCUAGAUUCGGCGAGUGUUGGUUGAAAAAACAGAAGAAUUCCAUGUUGCUUGAUCGGCGAGAGUCCGGUGAUCAUGUUAUGUGGACUUCUGGGUUUAUCUUUGCAGAAGGAGAGGGCAUUGUUGGCUUGGAAACAGAAUAUGGGACUAUUCGCAUAAAACUUUUUCCUGAUUGUGCUCCAGAGUCUGCUGCCUAUAUUCUCGAUUUAUUGCAAUUACCACAAUAUACUGGCUGUCAUUUAUAUCGUGCAGAAAGCCGGGGAAACAUUUGGGAUUCAGAAGGAAAUCAUGUAAAAAAUACUCCACUUGGUCCCCCUUAUGCCCUAGUACAAGGGACGCUUGAAGCACACGGGACCAUUUUUAAGGAAAUUUCAUCUGAGUUCAGUUCUAUCAUCCGAAGAGGAUCAGUUGCUUGGGUUGGUUCUGGCCCUGCUUUCUUUAUCAGCUUAGCCAACCAUCUUGAGUGGAAGAAAUCAUACACUGUAUUUGCUUCUGUACUUCCAGAGGACAUGGAGAUUGUAGAGAAGAUUUCACUUCUUCCAACUAAACCGGAGAUUUGGGGUACCACUAAUGUAUCUGUCUUGGAAAAACCUAUUAAAUUACAGUUCCGAAGCAUGAAGACGACGAGUCAUGGCAAACCCUAGUUAUAAUAGAGAGGUCCCACUGAAUAAACCCAGAAUUUCUUUACCAUCUGCCAUUUAAGAUUUUGAGCCAUGUAAACUGCUAUGCUUGAAUGUAUUCCCUGGCAGUUUAUGUUAUAGAUAGAUUUGGGGAUAUUAUGGAUUCAUUUUUAACUUAAUAGAUAGUCAAAGAGUUUAGAAUAUGUCACUAGAAAAAGACUGUCUCCAAGUCUACUCUGUAAUUUGCAUUUAGUUCAUUUUUGUUGCAUAUUGAAUAAGUUCACACGAUUGACAAGAUGUAUUGAUAAAAGUUUUGAAAGUUA